AUGAAAGAGAAGAAAGCUCUUCAAGCAUGCAAGAGAACUUUACUAUGCUGGGUUCACCAUCCGUCUGUGGAAGUGGAGAGGAUUUUGACAAUCAGGAAAUUAGCUCAUUGGCUCCAACGACGCCAACGGUUGACAUCCAACAAUUGCAAAGUCUCAACUUUGCAUCUUAAAGGAGUGAACAUUGAUGCUAAAGAAGGGAAAUGGGAGCCUCUAUCACGGUUAAGUUCCCUCGCGACUCUAAUUUUUAGUAUAUGCGUUCCGAGAAGUGGGUGUGCUUCUGUGCAUGUUUGUAUGGGUUUGCUGUUUGGUAACCAUUUUGUUAACGUUAUGUACAUUCUCUAGAGAUUUUGAGUUGAGGACUAUUGAAGUUCAUCUUUGAAGAGAGUUCAUGCUUAAAACGAAUUGUUUUAAAGCUGCCCACAAUGUGUUUGAUGUUUGGCCUCAAGGGACUUUGCAUAAUAUUAUGGGGAUGUUCUAAUUAGCAGAACAAGUGAUGCGAGCCAAGCUAAUGUAGUCCAACACACACAGUCCGAGACUAGCCAACUGAAGCACCCACACAAGGCCUCGUUGCAGACAAUCCAAGGAUCAACUCAGCGGUAGGGAUGGCAGUGGACUGCAGGGGGAGUAGUGAGUCUCUAUCACUGUACCCGCUCCAAAAAUAUUUGUCCAUGCUAAUUUUCGUCCAUCCUCGGUUGGGGAAAUUUUAAUCCCCGUCCAUAUUCUCAUUCCCAUCCCACAGGUAAAAUUUGAUUCCUGUUCCGGUCUCCACCACUGUCCAGAUUUAGCGGGCUGGGAAUGAAUGUCAGUCCAUUUCUGUACGGAUUUAUACGGGUAUCCUGAUUAAUAUGUAUGAUCUAUCUUGGUUCAAAUGGGACAAGUUUAGACAAAUACUCGUUUUUCUAUCAUCCCUAUCCAGG